AGCAGGCGCCAGCGCUCCCCAAUGGGCCUAGAUGUCUUCUGCCAGAGAUACGAGCUGGCGGAGAAUAUCGAGGUGCUGCUGGAAGAGGAGCCCAGGGACCAACUGCGCACGGCGCUGCGGCAGAUCGCCAUGCGUGCCAUUGCCGAACUGAGCGCAGUGGAGAGGGUGCUGGAGGGCAAGGAGACAAGGCUGCUCCAAGCCUGCUUCUCCAGUGUCUUCUCGCUUCCACCAGAAGUGGAGGACAUGGACCGUUACCUCUACUUAGAAACCAUGCGGUCCAUGGACAACAUGCUGCAGGCAUUGCUCCUCAACUCUCGUGCCUCCAGAGUCAGCGAGCUGCUGCAGAAUAUCUUCCAGAUGCUCCUGACUCUGAGCAGCUCCGAGAGAGAACAUGUGCGGCAGAGGGCCGUGGGGAGGAUUGAGGGGCUGAGCUUCGUGUUGGCUGAGAAUCCCACACUGGAGGCCUGGUGCCGCUCUAGGACAGACAUACACGGCCCUGUCAGCUAUAGAGACAUCCAGAUCCCAGUGCUGGGACAGCUGCUGGGGCAUCUCCUCCUUUCCCAACAUUCCUGGGAAGAGGCAAGAACUCUGGCUCGAGAUGCAGUGCAGCACCUCGCUGUCUUCCUGGCUGGACAAAACAGUAAGAGAAGUUGUGUUGGGCUCGAUCCCUCUACACACAGACAUCUCCCGAUGGGUCUGCUCCUGUUCCUCACCUCCUUUGUCCUUCCCAGCUGCUUCCCAUAGCAUCCCAGCUGCCAUUUUGCUGCAGCAGCUGAGCGCUCUCCCAAAGUCUGGGAUCUGUUCUCUGCUGCUCUCCUUCCUCCCUCCUUUCGGGAUCCUGAAGCCCGCUGUUUCGUGGUUCCCAGAC